AUGUACCAUGACCACACAAAGAAGAAUUUAAACAGUCACCAGGGGUUCACAAGGGGCAUCAGGAUGUACCAUGACCACACAAAGAAGAAUUUAAACAGUCACCAGGGGUUCACAAGGGGCAUCAGGAUGUACCAUGACCACACAAAGAGGAAUUUAAACAGUCACCAGGGGUUCACAAGGGGCAUCAGGAUGUACCAUGACCAUACAAAGAGGAAUUUAAACAGUCACCAGGGGUUCACAAGGGGCAUCAGGAUGUACCAUGACCACACAAAGAAGAAUUUAAACAGUCACCAGGGGUUCACAAGGGGCAUCAGGAUGUACCAUGACCACACAAAGAAGAAUUUAAACAGUCACCAGGGGUUCACAAGGGGCAUCAGGAUGUACCAUGACCACACAAAGAAGAAUUUAAACAGUCACCAGGGGUUCACAAGGGGCAUCAGAAAGUUCAACAUUCAAUGA